GAGGCACCACGUCCCCUUCCGGCCCUACCGUGCAGACUUCCCAUGAUGCUCCGCGUAGCGCCUAUUCAAAGCGCCGGGAGAAGAGGGAGGAGGUCGUAAUGGCAGCCCCGGAGCCGGAAGUAGUGUUCCCGGCCGCCGUCUCUGAUUUGGAGUGGUAUGAGGAGUCGGAGGAAACCCACGCCCCCCAGAUAGAACUACUUGAGACUACCUCUGCCCAAGAACCUCCCAACCCUUCGGAGUCAUUUUGCCCCCGAGACUGCCUGGUGCCAGUGGUGUUUCCCGGGCCUGUUAGCCAGGAAGGCUGCUGUCGAUUUACUUGUGAACUCCUAAAGCAUGUCAUGUACCAACGCCAGCAACUCCCCCUGCCCUAUGAACAGCUUAAGCACUUCUACUGCAAACCUCCUUCCCAGGUAGAGGACUUGGUGAAGAAGAAACCUUGGACCACCGCUGAGACAAACAGCAGGAAAUGCCAACAGACCCUAGCAGAACUGGAGAGUGUCCUCAGCCACCUAGAGGGUCUCUUUGCCCGGACGCUAGUGCCGCGAGUGCUGAUCCUCCUUGGGGGCAGUGUUCUAAAUCCAAAGGAAUUCUAUGAGCUUGACUUGUCCCGCUUGGCCCCCAACAGCAUGGACCAGAGCCUGAGCACAGCAGCUUGUUUGCGCCGUAUCUUCCGAGCCAUUUUUAUGGCUGAUGCCUUCAGUGAGCUGCAGGCUCCUCCACUCAUGGGCACCAUUGUCAUGGCACAGGGGCACCGCGACUGUGGCGAAGAUUGGUUUCGACCCAGGCUAAACUACAGAGUGCCCAUACGGGGCCACAAACUGACUGUGACCCUCUCCUGUGGCAGACCCUCCAUCCCAGUAACGGCCUGGGAAGAUUACAUUUGGUUCCAGGCACCAGUGACAUUGAAAGGCUUUCACGAGUGAAUGGGGAUUCUUCUUAAUCAUGAAUACAAUGGCUAAGUUAUCUUCCCUUCUGUGGCACCAAGUCACCCAUAUCUUGCUUGGAAGUAGAGUUGCUUCCUGAUGAGAGGAAGGUUCUGUCCUGGCUUCCUGCUUCCCUUCCACGGACUUCCUGGUGGGCUGAUGGUGUGACUGGGACUGUAAUAAUCAUCACUGAACAACAUCUCUUUGAAUCAAAGGUUGAUUUCCCAGAGGGUGCUGGGACAGACUUUUCUGUCUGGGGUUGGAAAACAAGUGUGGGCCCAUAGACACAAUUAUGGAGGUGUCCCUUUUUAUGUGGCUUUUCAGAAUUUUUACCAGGAACAUAAUGUGGGUAUGACUCAUGAACUUAAAUAUAAAAUGAAUGAAUUCAUAUUAAAUUUUCCUGAAGCUCUUGGCUUCUUGAGGCUAGA